UUAAUAUGGCGAGAAUAUGUGUUUUGGGAGCUGGAGUGGCAGGGCUGUCGUCUGCUGUAAAUAUACAGUCGAUAUUACCGGAAGCAGACAUUACGUUAAUUGCUGAUCAAUUCAACAAAGAAACCACCAGCGAUGGUGCAGCAGGGCAUUUUGGUAUGAAUACAGAGAGAACAAAUACUGACAUACGCAGAUUAAGAUGCUGGACCAGAGAUUCAUUUGAGUGGUACCAUAAAAUUUGUACAUCUGAAGAUGCAAACAUCGCAGGAAUUCAUAGGACACACGGAUACAGACUCUGGAGGACCGAGACACCGCCUCCCUUUCACAGCAGGUUUGACUAUGGAUGCCGCGCUCUGUCUAAAUCUGAACUUCUGAGACUGCCUGGAAACUACACGUAUGGUUGGGAAUUGAAUUCACUGAUGGUGGAAUGUCGCCGCUAUUUGCCAUGGCUCAUGAAAAGAUUCACAGACAAAGGAGGAAAAGUAAUUCGUAAGAAACUUAUCAGUGUUGACGAGAUAGCUGGAACAUAUGACGUCAUAGUUAACUGCACGGGGCUAGGUAGCAGAAAGUUGUUUGAUGACAAGGAACUGGUCCCCAUUAGAGGGCAUUUAAUCCGGGUAAAAGCACCCUGGAUUAAAACCCUGUUUAUUGAUGAGGACGACACCUAUAUUCACUCAGGGCAGGACACCGUUGUUCUUGGUGGAACUUAUGAAAGGGGAGAGUAUAGACUAGACAAGGACCAGCGUUACUAUGACGACAUCAUGGCGCGAUGUUGUCGUCUGGUUCCGUCACUAAAACAUGCCGAAGUGGAGAGAACCUGGGUGGGACUUCGUCCAUGGCGGCCCAGCGUUCGUCUGGAGGUAGAGAUGAUAUCAGUCGGUGGUAGACGGCUGCCUGUAGUUCAUAACUAUGGUCACGGCGCAGACGGGGUCUGCCUCAGCUGGGGGUGUGGGGUGGAGGCAGCCAACCUUGUCAAGCAGCAACUGACAAAAACAGGUGCCCCGAGGCUGGUGUCCAAGUUAUGACACACAGGACCGAAUUUCAAAGUUAACGUAAUUACAAUCAAACAACUGUUUGAUAUAAGUAGACAAUAAUAUGAUUCUACGCUAAAGGGAAAAAGUGAAUACAUGCACAUGAUCAUAUGCAUAUCUUAUACAAUUACCUUCUUAAUGAAUUCAUUUGUGUUGUUAUCAAGUUGCCGAUUGUGUAACAGAAGAUUAAGUCACCUAUACAUAAAGUUACAUGAUAACACAUGCACACAUUUACAUGUACACGCAAUAGACAUUUUUUGUAAUUCCAUGAUAAUUUGAACAGGCCGAAAACGUGGUAUAAUUAUGAUAGAUGCAACAUACGUAGCUGUACGUACAUCAGACAUGGUUAAAUGAAGUGAACAUGACAACUUGUACAUUUACUCUGGUUUUAAUGAUGUUCGGGGGAAUCAUGUUCAAAGAUACGUAAAAAGGUGAAGUAGACCUAGCAAUACAAUAAGUUAUUUAAAAACACUGAAAUGAACAUUAAAUUUCGUUAAUCAACUCAUCAACAAAAUCCACGAUACUUUGUAUUUAAAGAAUAUUGAUAAUGACAGUACUUAAAUUAAUUCAAAUUACUUGUACCUAUUCAAGACAUGGCAACUUGUACAUGCAGUAAUUUGACAACUUGUACAUGUACAAUGUAUAGAAAGUGUUAGUAACAGUAAAAAAGUUAUAACGUUAUCCGACUUUGAUUAUUUUAUUACUGUAAGGUUUUUCAUGUCAUUUAAAUAUUGUUUUACCUAGAUAUUUCAUUUUGGUUUGUUUUGUAUCAUAUACAAUAAACUCAUUUUUAGUUCA